AUGUCAGGAAUUCCUCAUGAAGAGCUUCCUAUUUUGGAAGCUCUGAUCAACAUCCGUCAUCAGUUGACGGCAUUGAAGCAGAGUGCUGAAUAUAUCAAUCCGCAUGACGUCCAAGUCAUUUACACGGCCGUCAUCAAGCAGAUUACUAAGCUGAAUGCUAUCCGAGAAGAAAGGCAGGCAUCUACAGCGGCGCAGGAUGUCAGCAAGGACUCGAACUCGUCAGAUAACAACGGUGGCAGUAAUGACACGUCCAUGACAAAAAACACCCGUGUCGACACAAUGCUCGUGGAUGUGUUCUACUUGCUCAGUUUGUUUUUCCUGACUGUGGGUCGAAGCCGUGAAUGCCCUGCCAUGUUCAGUCAGAUCGGGUGCAUGAAACAACUCUUGGAUCAUAUGGACGAGUCAGCCGUCUAUACGGAAGCCGACUUGAAGCCCUUUGUGACGCGUAUUCAGGAGCUGCGUGAUAUCAUCAAGAGUGAUGAGCGCCAAAACAAGCAUCCGCCCCAGCUGACCAAAUUUAUGGCGCGCAAAUUGGAAGCGUGUCAGAAGGUAGUCAACAAACUCCAGAAUUCUCUCUCGGUGAUCUCAGUGGAGUUGGUUCCUAUCCACCAAAAGCUCGUGACGAUCCGUCGGCAACUCAAUGCAGCUGCAGCGAAGCCUAAGCCACCGAAAGCAGAGGUAAAGCAAAUUCUCGAGGAGCUCCGAAAAAUCGACGGCAAGCGUGUGGAUGGUAAGUUUUUGGGCCCUGGUGGUUCGUCCGUGCCGGAGGGCCAGGAAAUGUUGGCGGGCCUCCUGGAGAGCUGCUUUGAGCUGAGCAAUGAUAUUCUCGUGCGAAAUAGCACAGUGUCACCGGCAUUGCAGCCAAUUUAUGAUCGUUUGUUGGAGACGAAGCAGCAUUUGGAGCAUUUGGAGCAGCGUCAUCGAUGGACAUUGCGUGAGACGGAUUUAUGGACCUACCAUUUGACGCUCAAAGAUAUUGACCGUAUGCGUGUGAAUGGCAAAUUUGUGGACCGGAACGGCGAUCAACCCGAGGGCCAGUUGGUUCUGUUAUACCUAUUGCGUCGUUCCUACGGCCUCAUCAACAAGUUAAUUUCGUCGUCGGAGCCACUUUCAGAGGAGCUGAUGCCCAUCUCAGACAAGCUCUCUACCAUCUCCAAGUGUCUCAAAGAAGUAAGCAAGUAUGGAGGUACAUUCACGCUACGCGAUUUGUACCCCUAUCGGUUGGCCUUGCACCAAAUUGCCUCGCAACGCAAGCCUGUGCUGGAUAAGGAGGGGCAUCCCAUGGAAGAGCUGCGCUGGCUAGCGAGCGACGGUUCUGUGCCAGAAGGUCAAGGCAUUAUCCAGGCACAGUUUGAAGAAGUGGAACAGACCAUUGACGAGCUGCUGAACCGUGAAGAUGAAGAUGACGAUGAUGACGAUGAACUGGCUACUGUGGACAGCUCGGCCAUCAGUAGUCACAGCGACACAUUUGGGUCUGAUACCGCAAGCGAGAGUGACUAUGUCGGCUCCUCGCAACUUCUCGACAGCCGAUCCGGGCAAAGCCAGACGGGUCAUUCUGUCGACGCGGCUUUGUUGGCAGAGCAGCUGGCUCGUACGGCCUCACUGUCUCUUUCCUAA